AUGCAGCGCGUUCCCGGAGGUAUCCCUGCCCCUGCCAUGCUGCAAGCCACCGUCAAGCUGUGCUGUGGCAUCGCCCACGAUCCCCUCCGCCGCCUGCCCGGCUUGAAGACAGCAGCUGUUGCAGCAAUACAGAAGGACAUCAGAGGGCUGGUGGCAAGAGGAUCCCAUCACCUGCCUUCCAAAAUUCCUCAUUAUUUUCAGAAGCUGAUGGGGAAGGACACAGCUCCCUGCCCCGAGCCCACCAGAGAUGUCAGCCCCAGCCAGUCCUCCAGCCUGGACCUCUCCUACAUCCGCCAGGGAGAAAGGGCCCUGCAGCAAGCACUGAGCAUCCUGCAGCAGCACACCAGCUGGCAGGCAGAGCCCGUGCUGGCAGAGGUGGUCCUGACUGUGCCAGUGGCACAGCUGCACCAGGAGCUGUUUGAGAGGAUGGAGCAGAUGCCCCAGUGGAACCCAAACCUCAGCCAGGUGAAGGUGCUGCGGCGGGUCGGGACGGACACGCUGGUGACACACGAAGUCACCACUCCCAGCCCGGGCAACCUGGUGGGGCAGCGGGACUUCGUCAGCGUGCGGCACCGCGGGAGGAGGGACGCGGCCAUCUACCUGGUGGGCACUGCCACCCACGCCGAGCCGCCGCCCCCGCAGGAAGGGUGCAUCAGGGCCGAGUCCCGGCUCAGCUGCAUCGUCCUGCAGCCGCUGGCGGGGGACCCCGGCCGGACCCACCUCACCUGGCUCCUGAGCAUGGACCUGAAGGGCUGGAUCCCCGCGGCCGUGCUUCACCGUGUCCUGCCACAAUCCCAAGCCGACUUCCUCGAGCACCUCCGCCGGCACCUCUGUGCCACUGCGGGCCCCUGA